AUUUUUUUCUGCAGCGCUCUUUCUCUCAGCAUCUUUUCUGGAUUUUUCCCCCUCCCUUGCUGAGCGGCAGGAAAGGGUGGGGCCGCUUCUCUGCAGCAGAGACAGCGGCGACAGCGUCUGCAGCAUCGCCGCCUGCCGCGGCCGAGGCAGCAGAGCUCCGUCUCCACUGGAGGUGACAGCUUCUAAGCCCUGCUGGGUGGACGACUGUACCCCGCAGUAAAGAAAAUCGAGCCGCUAACUCGCAGCCACACUGCCCAGCUCUUCCUCUGCGCCAUGGCUUAACCCCGCGGCCACCUCGCUCGCGUCGCCUUGCUCGGCUGGGGUCUGCGGGGAAACGCCAGAGCGCAGGGAGGGGCGCGCCCCAGACGCCCUCGCCAGGGACUCCCGGACGCCGUUCCUCUCGCCUCUCGUCACCCGCAGCAGCUGCUCUCCAGCCGGUAAUCCAGGGACUUUACAGACUAUCUCAGUGAUAGCUUCCCCCGGUUGUUCCCGGAGGGAGCAGGACGAGGUAACGGGAAGAUCGGGAGAGAAAGCGGUGGGGACCACACUGGCGGGUACGGGCCACGAGCAGAAGCAAGACUAAAACCCUGCUUUAGAGCCACAUAAAGAAAGCGAGGGCCGGCUUUGCAUCCUAGCAUCAUGGCGUGGCCGUGCAUUACGCGGGCCUGCUGCAUCGCCCGCUUCUGGAAUCAGCUAGACAAGGCGGACAUCGCUGUGCCGCUGGUAUUCACCAAGUAUUCGGAGGCCACCGAGCACCCGGGAGCCCCACCGCUGCCCCCACCGCCAUCCCAGCAGCAGGCGCAGCCGGCGCUCGCGCCCCCUUCUGCGCGCCCGGUAGCCAUAGAGACGCAGCCUGCCCAAGGCGAGUUGGAUGCAGUUGCCCGGGCAACGGGGCCCGCGCCCGGGCCCAGCGGCGAGCGCGAGGCAGCAGUGGCGCCCGGCCGAAGUGCCCCCGGCCUGGGCGCGGGCUCUGGCUCCACCUCCGGUUCAGGCCCCGCAGACUCGGUGAUGCGGCAGGACUACCGCGCCUGGAAGGUGCGGCCCGAGCCCAGCUGUCGGCCGCGCAGUGAGUACCAGCCGUCGGACGCACCCUUUGAGCGUGAGACCCAGUACCAGAAGGACUUCCGCGCCUGGCCGCUGCCGCGCCGCGGGGACCACCCGUGGAUCCCCAAGCCGGUACAGAUCCCCGCGCCCUCUCAGGUUUCUGCGCCUAUUUUGGGGGCGCCUAAGCGCCGGCCGCAGAGCCAGGAACGAUGGCCGGUGCAGGUCGCUGCUGAGGCCUCAGAGCAGGAGGCGCUUGGAGAAGCCGGGGUCCUGGCUGCAGGAAAGGCUUCAGGCGCUGAUGAGCGCGAUACCCGUAGAAAGCCUGGACCUGCCUGGAUGGUGCGUCGCUCCGAGGGCCACGAGCAGACGCCACUGCCCGCUGCCCAGGCCCAGGUGGGCGCCGGCGGCCCGGCGGCUGGAAAGGCAUCAGGUGCAGAUGAGCGCGACACCCGUAGAAAGCCUGGGCCUGCCUGGAUGGUGCAUCGCUCCGAGGGCCACGAGCAGACGCCACUGCCUGCUGCCCAGGCCCAGGUGGGCGCCGGUGGCCCGGCGGCUGGAAAAGCAUCAGGUGCAGAUGAGCGUGACACCCGUAGAAAGCCUGGGCCUGCCUGGAUGGUGCAUCGCUCCGAGGGUCACGAGCAGAAGCCCUUGCCCGCCGACCAGGCCCAGGCUGCGGAAGGUGGCAAGGGGCGUGCAGCGGUGGACGCCCUCAAUCGGCAAAUCCGCGAGGAGGUGACGAGUGCUGUGAGCAGCUCCUACAGGAAUGAAUUCAGAGCAUGGACGGACAUCAAGCCUGUGAAACCCAUAAAAGCCAAGCCCCAGUACAAGCCUCCAGAUGACAAGAUGGCUCAUGAGACCAGCUACAGCGCCCAAUUCAAAGGGGAGGCCAAUAAGCCAACCGCGGCUGACAAUAAGGUCAUUGAUCGCAGAAGAAUACGCAGCCUCUACAGUGAACCUUUCAAGGAACCCCCAAAGGUGGAAAAACCUAGUUCCAAACCAAAAAAGACCUCAGCGAGCCAUAAGCCCCUGAAGAAGGCCAAAGACAAGCAGGCGGCGUCGGGCCAGGCUGCCAAGAAAAAGAGCACGGAGGGCCCCAGUGCCACCAAACCUGAUGACAAGGAGCAAAGUAAAGAGAUGAACAAUAAACUGGCUGAGGCUAAAGAGAGCCCAAUCCAACCCACCGAGGAUUCCUGUAAGAAUAAAGGUCCUGUGGCCACAAAGCCAGACAAGGAUAAAGGUCCUGAGGUCUCAGGGCUUCUGAAAAGUCAAAGUCCUGUGGUCCCAGAGGCUCCAAAGGAUCAAGGCCCUGUGGUACUGGGACUUCCAAAGGAUCAAGGCCCCAUGGUCCCAGGGCCUCUGAAGGAUCAAGGCCCCCCAAAGGAUCAGGGCCCCAUGGUCCCAGGGCCUCCAAAGGAUCAAAGCCCUGUAGUCCCAGGGCCUCCAAAAGAUCAAGGCCCCGUGGCCCCAAGCCCUCCUAAGGAUCAAGGCCCUGUGGUCCCAGGGCCUCCAAAGGAUCAAGGCCCCGUGGUCCCAGGGCCUCCAAAGGAUCAAGGCCCUGUGGUCCCAGGGCCUCCAAAGGAUCAAGGCCCCGUGGGCCUGCUACCAGUCAAGGAAAAAGAUCACAUGGUCCCUGAGACUUUAAAGAAUGAAGUGUCUGUGAUUUCAGCACCAGCCAAGGACCAAAGUCCCUUGGCCCCAGAUCCUCUGAAGAACCAAGAUCCUAUAGUUCCAACAAGACUUAUGGAUCAAGGUCCUGUAGUCCCAGCACUUCCAAAGGAUCAAGGCCCUGUGGUCCUAACACCUGUCAAGGAUCAAGGUUCCAUGGUCUCUGCUUCCGACAGAGAUCAAAGUCUCCCGGUCUCAGAGCAUUGGAAAGAUCAAAGUGCCAUGGUCACAGCACCUGUGAAGAAUCAAGGUCCUGUGAUCCCUGAGUCUAUAAAGAACCAAGACCCAGCAGUAACCAAGAAUCAAGGUCACAUGGUCUCUGAGCCUCCAAAGAAUCAAGGUCCAAUAAUCCCGGUGCCUCUGAAGGACCAAGAUCCUCUGGUUUCAGCACCAGCAAAAGACCAAGGUCCUGUGAUCCCUGAACCUUUGAAGACUCAAGUUUCCAGGGUCCCUAAACUGCCCACUGUCUCACCUCCGCCCCCAGUCAUGAUCCCAACAGUCCCUCAUGGGGAAUAUAUUGAGGGGUCUCCUUGACAUGCACCCUAUGAUAUGCCAUUGAAGGAGCUGGCAGUGAAAGUACACCCCUCCCAGGGGGAGCGAAGACACAUAUUUAAUCUGCAUGAAACACGUGCUGUAUAGUCUUGCUGGAGUCUAAUAAAACUGGUCCCUCUGGCUCA